UGGGUUUACUGCCACUGAUCAGAUGAGUAGCCUAUGGACGGAUGUGAUGAGGAUGUUACAUCACUUGCAGUGCAGCCAGACGCCAGCAGCAGCAUCCAGCUCGGAGGGAACGCGGCGCACAACCCCAGCUGGCCAUAUUGUACACCAGCUCCUCUCCGCAAAUCGGCUGCGUCACACCUAACAAAACAUAUAGCGGCGCUGUAGCAAUAAAGUCACCACAUCAGGAGGAAAAACGCUGUUUUUAAAACGCUACUCGUCUGAGCUGGUUGGUGUUUUUUCGUGCAGGGAAAAUGGUUAAACUGGGGAAUAAUUUCAGCGAAAAAAAUAACGGCAAGGUGGUUUCUGAAGAUGGAUUUGACACCAUCCCUCUCAUCACACCAUUAGAUGCCAGUCAGCUGCAUUUUCCUCCACCAGAUAAGGUUGUGGUGAAGACAAAGGCAGACUAUGAUGGUGAGAGCAAGAAGGGAAAGCUGCAAUCUCCUAAAAUCGCAGAGUUCUCUAUAAGCAUCAUUGAAGGCGUAUCUGAGCGGCUCAAGGUGACCUUGCUUGUGAUCUGUGCGCUGGCCUUCCUGGUGUGUGUGGUCUUCCUGGUCGUCUACAAGGUCUACCAGUACGAGCAGCCUUGCCCCGACAGCUUUGUUUACACGCAAGGUCGCUGCAUGCCGGCUGGGAUGUAUGGCAACUACCCCCCUCAGGUCCCUGCGGGCCGCGGGCGCCUCUUUACCCUCAUAAACCACUACAACAUCGCCAAGCAGACCAUCACCCGGUCAGUAUCCCCAUGGAUGACCAUCAUGUCUGAGGAAAAGGUCACCCAGCAGGAGACGGAGACUGCCCAGAAACUGGCUUAACCAACCUGGGCUUAACCAACCUGGGAUACUGGGAUCAGGAGGUGGCCUAACCUGCUGCUCAAAGAAAUAAAUAAAUAAUAUGGUUGUGCCAUUCAAGCAAACCUCAGAGUCCCGUGGGU